CAACAUAACAUACCAACAUCACUUGCGGAGUUUGCUGAUUCACGGGAAGAGAAGCGUAUAAUUUGAGAUGAGUUCUUCACGUUACGACCGUGCUGUGACUGUAUUUUCGCCUGAUGGCCACCUUCUUCAGGUCGAAUACGCACAAGAGGCCGUCAGAAAGGGCUCGACGGCGGUUGGUGUUCGCGGCAAGGACGUAGUAGUGCUCGGCGUGGAGAAAAAGUCUGUGGCGAAACUGCAGGAAGAGCGGACCGUCCGAAAGGUCUGCCUUCUGGAUGACCACAUCGUGAUGGCUUUUGCUGGUCUGACUGCUGACGCGAGAGUUUUGAUCAACCGCGCCCAGAUCGAAUGCCAGUCUCACAAGCUGACCGUCGAGGACCCUGCCACCUUGGAGUACAUCACAAGGUACAUCGCCGAACUCAAACAGGCGUACACACAGAGCAACGGCCGCAGGCCCUUCGGUAUUUCAUGCCUGCUUGGCGGAUUUGACCCUGACGGCACCCCUCGUCUUUACCAGACUGAGCCCUCUGGCAUCUACUACGAGUGGAAGGCAAACGCAACUGGUCACAGCGCCAAGACGGUUUUGGAAUUUUUAGAAAAAUAUUACACUCCAGAAGAAGUGUCUUCAGAGCGAGGAGCUGUUAAACUGGCCAUCCGAGCCCUUCUAGAGGUUGUCCAGUCUGGUCUGAAGAACCUGGAAGUGGCCGUGAUGCGUAAAGACGCUCUGCUAGAGAUGUUGGAUGCUGAGAAAAUCAGUCAGUACGUUACUGAAAUCGAGAAGGAAAAGGAAGAGGAAGCUGAGAAGAAGAAGCAGAAGAAGUAAAGGGAGGGCUAUUAAUUAUCUCGCACGCAAGGCUUUGUAAUAUGUUAAUUAAUUAAACAGUUUUCAUUUCAUUCGAAUAA